AUGAUGGUCGAAUUCGUCAAUAUCAACGGCGCUAAACUGGCAUAUCGCCUGGCCGGCCCAGCAGAUGCGCCUCUCAUGAUCACGUUGCACGGAGGUCGAGGAAUGGGUGAUCACAGAUCGGAUUUCAAGGUCUACAGCCAGUUGAGCGACAAAAUUCGUGUCUUGUCCUUUGACUACCGUGGACAUGGACAGAGCUCUCUCACCAAGCCUUACACAUUUGAGCAAAUUGUGGACGACAUCGAGGGCGUGAGGCAGCACUUUGCUGGAGACGACCAAGUCAUCAUCUGCGGCGGCAGCUUUGGGGGUUUCCUAGCACAGCAUUAUGCGAUCAAAUAUGCGCCUCGUGUAUCACAUUUGGUUCUUCGGGGGACCGCUGCAUCUCAUCACCAUGAGGCAGGCGCGAUCAAGACCCUUGAGGAGAGGAUACACAAAGUUCCCAGUUUCUCAGUCGACAUGCUUCGCAACAAGGUAUUCGGGGCUUACGAGAGCGACCGCGAGUUUCAGUUGAUUUAUUUUGCCAUGAUGCCGCUCUACCGUGAAGUAUUCGACCCGGACGCGGCAUUAAAGAGCAACCUCGACGGCGUCUAUGUGGCAGACUCGCAUAACGAUCUCUACUCCGAGAAGGAGAAAUACUUUGAUUACACAGAACGGCUUCCGCAGAUUACAGCCAAGACGUUGGUUGUAGUCGGUGACAAAGACUGGAUUUGCCCUCCAGAAAAUUCCAAAUUGAUCGCCGAGAAGAUCCCGGGAGCUGAGCUGUUCAUGGUUGAGGGCGCGAACCACGGAGUUCACGCCGAGAAGCCCGAGGUCGUGCUCCCUAAGAUCCGGAGUCAUUUGAAUAUCUAA